AUGGAGAGCUUGGGUUUGAUCCCAGGGGCACUGGGCAGCUAUGGCGACUUUAAGGCAGAGGAGGGGCUGGGGAGGGGUCUGUGUGAGGCAGCUCUUGGCCGCCAGGAUGGAGGGGAGCAGGCGGAGCUGGCACAGGGCACAGAGGGGCAGCUCAACCACCCACCCAGCUCCCCGCUGCCCCCACCACCCUGCUCCAGCCCGGCCCCGCCAUCCGGCCUGGCCUACGGGCUGGGGGCCGCCCUCUGCUUUGCACAACACACCAGCAUCUCUCGGUCCCAGGAUGCUCUGCUGCUGGCCCCCGUGGACCUGGGCUGUGCUUCGCAGGCAGAGCAGAGGAGCGCCUUCUGCCCCCCCACCCUUGGCCCAGCGCAGCAGAGGCUGGCACCGGUGGCGGUGGAGCUGGCGGACCAGGGUGCCAGGCCCCUCGAGGCCUCCCCCGGCCCCUCCACCCCCAGAGACGCACCCCGUGGCGGCCACCGCAGCACCGGCCGGGGGCCCCGGGAGUGUCGGUUGGAGACGGGUGUGGCCGCCGCGGAUGCACCGCACGGGCGGCGCACGGAGGCCCCGGAAGUGGAGGUGGCCUGGCUCUGCCCCCGGGGCCGCGAUGGCCGGGCCCGGAUCAGGCCAGGCGCUGACCCAGGGAAGGGGCCCACCCUGCCCUUUCCCCUUGAAACCCGGAACCAGCCUGUGGGGCAGCAGGUGGCGGGGCGGCGCCAGGCCACCUGCAGCCGCGGUGCUUUCGAGACGCCUGGGCUGCGUGUUCGGGAGCAGGCUGGUCUGACCGGUGUCCUGGGACCGGGGGCCAGCAGCACCUCUAAGAGGGACGCUGUGUCUGGGGACCCCACCAGCGAGGCCACGGGGUCUGGCUGGGGUCGUCUCAGAGGGGGGCCAGGCAGAGCCAAGGCUGACCCCGUGCUGAGCCACUUGGCCGGCAUGGCCCACAGGAGCCUCCCACCCCAGGCAGGUGUCACGGGGCUGACCUGCACCGAGAGCCCAGUGGCCGCUGCAGAGGUGGGCGGUGCAGGAAACAACACCGCGGCGGCAGGAAACGGCACCGCGCUGCUGGGCAGCUGCCGCAUGCCGGACGAGGGCAGCUGCCGCAUGCCCUACGAGGAGAGCCGCGUGGGCCUGGUGGUGGUCUACAGCGCCGUGUGCGUGCUGGGGCUGCCGGCCAACUGCCUGACGGCCGUGCUGACGCUGCUGCAGGCGCUGCAGGGCAGCGUGCUGGCCGUCUACCUGUUCUGCCUGGCGCUCUGCGAGCUGCUCUACGCCAGCACCCUGCCGCUGUGGGUCCUCUACGUCCAGAACAAGCACCGCUGGAUGCUGGAGCCGUGGGCCUGCAAGGUGACCGCCUACAUCUUCUUCUGCAACCUCUACGUCAGCAUCCUCUUCCUGUGCUGCGUCUCCUGCGACCGCUUCAUGGCCGUGACCUACGCGCUGGAGAGCCGCGGCCGCCGCCGCCGCCGGACCGCUGUGCUGGUGUCCGCCUCCGUCUUCCUCCUGGUCGGGUUGGCUCACUACCCCGUGUUCAAGAUGGAGGACAAGUGCACCUGCUUCGAGGCCCUGCCCAUGGACGGCAGGGUGGCCAGCUACUUCUACUGGCGGGUCACCGUGGGCUUCGCCUUCCCGCUGGGCAUCCUCGUCUUCACCAACCAGCGCAUCCUCAGGAGCAUCAAGCGGAGCGCGGGCCUGGGCGCCGCCCAGAAGGCCAGGGUGAGGCGCACGGUCAUCGCCGUCGUGGUCAUCUUCCUGGUCUGCUUCGCGCCCUACCACCUGGUGCUGCUGGCCAAAGCUGCCGCCUUCUCCUACUACCGGGGCGCGGAGGACUCCAUGUGCGCGUUCGAAGUCAGGCUGUACACAGCCUCCAUGGUGUUCCUGUGCCUGUCCACCGUGAACAGCGUGGCUGACCCCGUCCUCUACGUGCUGGCCACGGACCCCUUGCGGCAGGAGGCGUCCAGGAUCUGCAGGAGGUGGAAGAAGUCAUCCGCCAGGAUGGAGGUCCCCAAAAUCACGUGGCCAAAGACCUCGGAGGAGGCGUGGUCACCCACGUCGCUUGUACACAGCGACCAGUUCCCCGGGCCCGCCCAGCCCCCGGUGUCACGGCCGGGCGCGUGGGCCUCGCAGGACACCCUGGAGCAGCUGAGCGAGGAGCCCUGCUGA